GCUCUCCUUCUUAACGAAUUUCAAUUCUAUCCUUUUCAGUUCUGUAUCAGGUUCCUGGACCUGAAAAGUUAUCACUGCUUGUCUUACAGCAUUUGCGAUCGGACCAGCUGAGUAUUUUCAGUACUUUCUGGGUGUUUUUAAUGAUGUUCAUGCCUGUGUAUCUUGAGCUUAAGCUCGGUCCUUCGAUAGUUUUCCCACUGCGCAUCCUAAACGUUGCAAACCGAUGCCCAGUUGGUUUACAAAAGUCUGCAGAAACGUCAGAACAUUCCAACUUGUCAACGUGUCGCCGGACGCGGAGGGAGGGAGGGAGGGAGCCAGGGAGCCAGCCCCCGGUACGAGUUGGUUUUGAUUCACUCUCAGUCGACUGGACCGCACGAAGUUGGGUUAAAACAGGAUAUGGAUUUGAAUGCUGGCAAGAAUAGACUCCAACUGCCGCUUCCCCAUGGCUAAUCAUUACAAUUAUAGUCGAUGAACACUCAACCUAAAUAACCAACCAUUCUGCACGAUCGACGGGCGUAAUUUGAAACAAAUACUGGCGUGUUCAGAAUUUCUUAUCAGCAUGGUUGGUAUAAAUUAUAAUUACACCAUAAAACAUUUUCUUCAAUCUUGCCAAGCAACGUUGUAAUUGUUGCUUUUCCCCUCCCACCCUGAUUGUUCACCAGUGGACUUUUAAAAUAAAUUGAUUUUACUAGCCGAAGGGAAAGUUACUUCAUGGAAAAUCACAAUGUGGAUUGGUAAAGCGGUUACAAUUGCUUCAGACACAAGAUGAUGGAGGCAUGCACGUCGAUAUAAACGCAAGUUGAAGUCAUCGUCCACAAAGGUGCAAGAAUUUUGUCUCUAAUCUGUGCAAUGAAUUGAAAGAACAUGUUUGACAGAAUAUGAUACCAGCUGAAAUGAAGAACUAUAAAUUUGCUGGCUAUGUCUCCAUAUCUCCAGAGUGAAACCGUUACAAUGCCAUUCAAGAUGAGCUAUCCUGGUUUCAAAUUCAGUUCAAAAAAAGAAGUUCAAAGAACAUAUGCAGGAAGGAAACAUUUCAUCUACAUUUGUAUUGUAGCAAGUGACUUAUUUUUAUUGGGCAUGUAAAAUGUUACAUGUUUCGAAAACACAGUUAAUUGGAGCAUUGCAAAUUAUUGCUUGGAACUGCCAGUGUAAAGUAAAAGACCAAAUGCAACACUGUGCACUUUCAGAAAUCUAUUUUUACCAAUGUGCUGAAAUUUUGAGCAAGCUCAAAAAAUGCAAUUUAAAUGGUUAAGAGUUCUGCUUCCAAAAAUGGAGAGACCACCACAAAAGGAGAGAUUUGCUUCGUCUAUUUCAGAUGCUUCAAUGAAAUGUGGUACUGGAAGAAAGCAGACUGCAAGAAAGGCCUUAGUAAUGAAAAAUCCUCUUGACCUUGCACAGCAAAAGGCAAAACAGAAUCCUGGAAUGAUUAAAAGGAUAAUAGAAGUGUGUGAUCAUGGGGAAGAAUAUGGAAAAGAGAUUACUGAAAUGUUAAUGUUUUGUGUUAAAUGUAAAGAUGCUCAGAAGUUCAGCUUUAGAGAACUGCAAGAACACUGCCAACAAAAACAUCCUGAAGAUAAGCCCAUGUUUGUCUGCAGCAGAUGUGGUUUCACUGUGGAUGAUGUGGAACAAAUGAAUGUACAUGCAAUUGCACACAAAGUAGACAGUCCAUUAAACGGAGAACCUGGUGAUGGCAAGGAAGAUCAGUGCUCGGGUGUGAGGAAACUGCAUAAAACUAGACAUUUGAAGAAAGGUACUCUGUAUUGUGAUAAAUGCAGGUUUUCAACGAAAGAUCCACUUCAAUUUCAAAAACAUAUCAUGAGGCAUGAUGAAAUUCAAUACAAAUGUGGACGGUGUGAUCACAUUUGUUACACCAGGGGAGAAUUCCAGCGUCACUCAGUGCAGCAUACAGGAACAUUUCCUUUUAAAUGUAGAUAUUGUGAUUAUGGUGCAGUCCGAAAGGAUUAUGUUGUGAAACAUACAAAGGGAGUGCACAGAGAUAUUGUAAAAAAUGGUGGCUCUGUCCUUGUUCUACCAAUGAGGAAAGGUCAUAAGAAAGCCUUCCCUAAACCUGUUGUUAAUGGCUUAAAAGGCAAGCAAGUGGCAAAUGCACAAAAUGACAAUUCUGCCAAUAUAAUCAUGAGUGAUCAGAUGUCAGAUUCAAUUAAUUUGGCUCGAAAUCCUAAUGAGAUGUCCUGUCAUUUCCAGGACUUUGAUAUUGCUGUUCUUCCCCAGACAGAUAGCAAUGGCCCUGGUGAAAGUCAGAACUGGGAGAAAACUACAGAACAUGCUAAGCAUUUAAAUUGUUUUCCAACUGAUGCUAGAAAAAUUCGCCUUCAGGUACUUGCAUCUUCUAAACACUCUGUACAGCCUGGCACUCCGUUAACGUUGGUUGCUCCAGCACAAGUGGUUAUUCCUUCAAAUUGUUUGGCUCAGCUAACAGAAAUAAAAACUGUUAAUGGAAAACAGCAAUUGGUGUUCAAGCUAAUACCACAAGCCUCCGCAGCAGCCUGCCUCAUGGUUGGCUCUGAUGCAUCAGGAGUGGCUGCCCUUUCAUCACAGGAAAUGCAACAAGAUAUUAAUACAGAAAUUGCAAAUCCACAAAAGAACAGCAUGUCAAAUAAUUCAUCUACAUUCCUCACAAAAACGGUUGAUUGCAAUUUAUUUUCCCAUUUUGAUCCUUUGAAUGAAGGUUUUAAUGCUGACCAGAGCAUUAGGGGAAUUAAUACUAAAACAAUCUUUUCAAAUUCUCAGUCCUUGGGUGAUAGGAGAAGAAGCUGUUCCACAUUGGAGAUUAGAAAUAAAAGUAGUCCAAAAUGGAAGCAAAAAGUAACUGCAGACCAGCAGCAAAGUAAACAGUUGAUUUCAAUUAAUUCAGCAUGGAAUUUACAACAGAAUGGCUUUGUAUCACCAGAUAUUUUGAGUAAAGCAGUGCCUUGUCUUCAGCAAGGUGUUUUGGACAGCAAAACCCCUGCAACCAAUUUAAAUUUAGUUACUCAAGGGAUAAUGAAUCAAUUUGAUAAUGAAUCCUUAACUUUUUCUGGAUCUAAAGAAGCACAGAAAAGUAAAAACUUGUAUUUAACUAAUGAAGAACAAAAAUAUAACUCAAAUGGAGAGCGACCUGGCCUACCACGAUUGAACAAUAAAUCCACUAAUUACAAUGAAGUUAUCACUAUUAACAAAACAUUUGGGAAACCAUUUGCACAGUUGCCUAAGGUUGUAAAUGCUCGUGUGGGUGAUUACCAGUUAUUGGGCUCUGGUCGCAAAACUGCAAUCAGAACAGCGGAGUCUUUGCCAGUUGAUGGAACUAAAAGCAAUCUUUGUAUGACACCAUGCUCUACAUCACCUGAUACUGAAAUGCCCGCACCGUUGCAGAUGUAUUCUACCUCAUCUCGUCAUGUCACAACUUCAUUUUCUAAAGACUGUAGUCAUCAAGUUACACCUAACUUUCCACCCCUGCAAUCCAGGCUUGUAUCCAAAGAUACAAAUCACCCAGCACAUUUGAAAAAUCAGCGAACUGGUAUUACGAACAAGCAACCCAAUAAUUUUCAAGCUUGUAAAAGUCGAUCUGAAAAUGAAAGUCAGUGCUGUACUGCUGCACAGAAUCCCAGAAAUAUAUCUGAUUCAUGCUUGCGAGGUUAUAAUGAAGUUCCCCACAUUGUCAAUUCAUUUUCUGCAAUGAGAAAAUGUGAAAAGAGCAGGAAGACAUCAAACGUGCCUAUUCAGCAGUUGAAUGCAUUGGAACAUAAAGAAAUUAAUGAAGCCAAUAACAUCAAAUUGGGACACAGCCUGACGUUGGAUACAAAAAUACGCUCAGAUAUACAAGAAAAUACUAAUUGUCCUCUUUUGACAGGAACUGCUGUCAACCACACCAAGUCAACUGGCAGUCUGGCAAUUGUGAGCAAAAUGCAUGACAACAAUGAAUUAGUUAAAAGGGAAUUUUUAUGUCUUAACCCUGAUGCUCAGUAUGCCCGAGGCACAUUGCAAGACGUUGCAGUUAAUUCAGACUGUGGUGAUUUCAGCAAUCGGUGUGAUUUGGAAGGCAUCACGUCCGCUAAAGACCAUUUGUUUGAUAUGCAGUGGCCAGUAAUUUCCUCUGUCUUUUCUCUUAGUUGUGGUACUAAUGGUGUUGCAGAGAAUAUUCAAUGGGACAAUGACCAAGAUAACAUUUGCCCUUCAUUUGGUACUAAGCAGAUUGUAAAACCUUACCCAUGUUCUCUGAUUCAGACAGAUAAUAUGAGUCUCUCAAAUACCUUUGACGAAAGAAAAUCAAAUAAGGGAUGUAAUAUAAGUGAAUCAUUAAAUCAUAAGAAUCCAGAGCAUACAUCAAAAUCUGGAGAUCGAAGUUUCAGCACCACAGCAGUUCAGUCGGUGGUAAGUGAAAGACCGUUUAAAUUAUCCAGAAACACAAACUUGGCAAAGUGUCCUUCCUUAUUACCACCAGUGUCAUUGAUAAAGAUUGACGAUAGCUCUUCUGCUCAAAGAUUUAAGCAAUUUGAUGAUGACGUCCAUGUGUUCCAGGAUGCAUAUGAUUUGUGUCCUGGUGAAAUUUCUUUAAGUAAAAGCAGUUCAACUGUAUGUUUAGAUCAGUCUCCCACAAGUGGUAAUGACACAGCUGUGGAGCAUUCCACUCAUUUGCAUAGUUUUGUACAGGUAAAACAAUUAAGUACCAACUCUGAUUCCACUAAAAAUGCAUUAAAUGGGGUUGGACAGAAUCACCGAACUAAACCUGUCUCACCCCCAAACCAAAAUGUUCUAAAUUUAUCUCCAUAUGAUGUAUCGCUUCAAAAUAAAUCACUACCAAUUACUCAAUCAUCAGGUGUAGACGGACUUGCGAAGACUUCUGUUUCACAUAAUGUUAGUAGCAGCUUUUUACUUUCACCUUCUCUCUCUGGGGUAACCACAAAUGCUUUUAAAGAACAAGUUCAGAAUCAUGUUGGGCUUAAAAGCAGGUGUGAACCAAAUGCGAUCAGUUGUAAGAGAGAUUCCUUUCAUCAGAACAUAUGUCAUUUCUCAGAAGGAUUACAAAAGGAUUUGCCUAUAACUAAUACAAUGUCCUCUGUGAAACUCUGCCACCAACAUAGUUUGGAAAACAAAGAUUCUUUGUUUUCUCCAAGCUGCAAUUCCAAUGUAAAUUCUAAAAAUGUUCAUUCUGCACAUGAUGCUGAAAUAUUUGAACAUGUACCGCAGAGUCUUGGCCAAACGCUGCAGUUUACAGAAAGGUUAACACUUCCACCUGCUACAAAAAUACACAGUAUUUCACUCUCAACAUCAUUGGCUACAGAUAACCAAAGCAAUCCUACCAAAGCUCAAUUGAAGCCACCUAAUAACAUAAGUAGAAUUCAUUCCACAUUAUCUUCCAGCAUCAAUCAAGGUCAGUGCUUUCCUAUACAAGGUGAUGCAUCUAAUCGAACUAAAUGUGUAGUAGAUUGUGUUAAUUCUCAAAAUAGUGAUAAAAUUAAGAGCAAUAAACCAAACUGUCCUUGGACUAGUGGAACUGGAAGUGUCAGCAGAGGGCAGAAAAUUCUGAAUCCACUUUCUCAAUUGGAGUCUACGUCAGAGGUUUCUUCUUUAUGUACUUCUGCAUUUCCAAUCUGUUCCGUGAAAGCCCCAGUUAAUCCUGAACGUACACAACCACCUCACCAUUGUAUAAAAGAUACUGACUGCUCUCAACAUGAAACCACUUACAAGGUUGUUUCAAGUGGUAUUGUGCUUAGAGUACUAAGUGCUGUUGAUGAUUCCAAACAAAAAGAAUCUAUGCUUGGUUGCCAGUCUGGCAACCAGUCACAAAACUUCAGUGUAUUCUAUUCCUCAACAUUUUCAGAUAGCACAGCAACAAAAUCAGAAAUGCAUGCACCAUUGGUAGAAAAGAUGCGAAAAGAACCAAGUUCCAUAAAUAAUUCCUCAUCCAAGACAAAAUAUCAGGGAACUGUGAGCUGUAAAUUGUCUUCUGUUUUGGUUGACCAACCAAACACUCGUAAUGGUACUUCAUUUAAGUCACUUGCUCGUCAGAAAUCUCGGCAGAUGAAGUACAGUGAAGAAUUGCCAUUGAAGCGGCGAUGUACCAAGAAAGGAAAAGCGGAUCAAGUACAGCAUAAUACACUAUCAAAACUGACAGAAAAACAAGACCAUCUUGCUUCUGUUGCAACUGAUAUCUGUGAUCAAUUGAAGACUGCCCGUAAACUUAGACUCAAGCCAUUCGAUGACAGUCAGUUGGUGAAAUGCCCACGCCGUAAUCAGCCCGUAGUUGUGUUAAACCAUCCAGAUGUAGAUGUUCAAGAAGUAUCUAAUGUCAUGCAAACAAUAGGCAAGUACAGAGGACAUGUACUUAAAGUGGUUUUAUCUGAGAGAACAGUCAUUUCUCUCAAUUUAAAGAAAAAACAGCAAAGACAAGAGAUUGGAAAUCAAAGUAUUUUACGCGAUAAAUGGCAUAACUGCAAGGUGGUCAGUCCAGUAAAGGAAAGGCUGAUGUUGAAAAUGAAACUCAAAAAGAUUCAUAAAAAUAACUACCAGAUUGUGAAAAGUAUUCAGAAUGAAGAGCUGCAGUUUAAAUUCCACUGUUGGUUUUGUGGUCGCAUGUUUUGUGAUCAAGAAGAAUGGAUUGCUCAUGGGCAACGUCAUUUAAUGGAAGCCACCCGGGAUUGGAAUGAUGUUACCAACUUUCGGGAAACUACAGAAAAUGGAGCUGAAGUAUUGAAAAGGAUAUCAAAAGACAUGUAAUAUAUAAUUACAGAUCCAGAGAUAUAAGAUGUCUGGAUGUUUUUGCCGCGAGUGCACACAAUGUGGAUUUAUUCAUCUUAGCUCGCUUAUUGGCAUGAAAUCUUUAAAUGCUGCUUUUUUUGCUCUGUAAAAUUGACCUUAGCAAUGAAAGAUAAGUUGACUGCAGUCUAUUGUUCCUUUGGUAAAAAUGUAGAGUGCAGAAAAGUCAAAGAAAAGCUAUUCUAUAUCACUGAAGAACUACAAUUGGACGCAACAUUUGAAUGUUCUAAUGUAAUACCAAUCACAAGAAACAGAUGCUGAAAGUAAAAUGAGAGCCUUGUAUUUGGAGGUUUAUUAUUUUGACUGCUAAAUUCUGUAUUAAUUUUACUCUUAUUCUUACAUUUUGUAGAUUUGGUAAAACUAACUUGAAACGAGUGCUUUUUUUGGCACAAUUUUGUAAUAUUUUACAUUGCCAUUUUAUUAACUCAUUAGUGUACAUUGAAAUGUUGAAUAUACACUCCUGAACUAUAAGAACAGAUGUCUGUAAUAUUAAACUUGUGUACACCGUUUAGAAGAAUAUGCCUAGAUAUUCAUCCCCGUCAGAAGUAUUAAAUGGUAGUGGUGGCGUACACUGCCUCAGAAGAUCCAUUCCAUUGGAAUUAAUUUGAGAUUUGGUAUACAAUGCAUUGAGUUUUAGUUUGGUACUAUUCUAAAAUCUGACUAAUUUGAAUAUUGUAUUAUUUAAUUUCAAUUGAAUGAAUAAUUGGAGACAGUGUGCAAUGUGUUGAGGCUAGUGACAAAUGUAGUGUUCCCAAAUGGACGCAUUCCCAGUCAAUAAUUUAUAGAGUAGGUUAAACGCAACAGUUAAGUGUUUCAAAAAAUUGAUGUUUCUUGCAAUUGUCUUUGAUAGUUGACAUAAUAAAGUAAACUAAGAGAUAUUCUUGUUUUGAAACUGCUUUACAUUGGUGUUUGCUUCUCACUAUGAAACAAGUUUAAAUUAAUUACAGACAGAUUGAAGCACCAACACUGAUAUUUGUUGAAAACUUUUAAAUUGCAGUGAUACCAAUUUGAUAGUGGUACCCCAAACUGUGAGGUGUAAAUACUUGCUCUUUCAAUUAAAUUAAUGUUCAUGUCA